UCACUUGCAUGUCAAGAACGAUCUAUUCCCGCCCAAUUUGGACGACAACCAAUUGCGCUAACUUAUACAGAAACCUCUCCGCUUUCUUUUUUCCAAUUAAGCCCUCACCAAUGAACUGCACGCACCGUACCUUCCCAACGGUCACAUUCUCUCCAAACCCUACCUGUCCCAAAACCCUAAUUCCCCCAAAUCUCACUUCCUUCCUCUCCCAUACCCUCCCAUACCCUAGACCCCUCCUUUCUCGAAACAAAGUCCUCCAGCCGGUGAAGAAGAUAACCCUCCGAAGUAGAGCUUCCGCCAGUGAUAAUGGCGCAACCGGGAACUGGGUGAAGUGGUUGCCCACCGGAGCUAUCUCAGCCGAUAAAGUUCUGAGGCUGAUUUCCGGCGCCACCGCCAGCCCCAUUUACCAAUUCGUAUCGUCACCCACCACUUUUCUUCACUCCGUGGACCCCAGAGUCAAAUUGGUAUGGCUUUUGGCUUUAGUUGUUCUACCAGCAAGGUCCAAUGUAAUAAUGCGUUUUGGACUAGUGAUAUACUUGACUUUUCUGUCUAUAUGGUUUCUCCCAAAACAUGUUUGGAUGGACCAAUUGGGAAGAGUGGCUUUGCUUUCUGGAAUUUUAUUUAUUAUGUUGGGGCUGGGUUCGGAUGGUGUCCCACCUCUUGUCCAGUUGAGAACUCCACCACCUGCAAUGAUGGGAUUGCCUAAUCUUCCUGCAUCCUUGAGAGGUUACUCGUAUUUAAUUAUGAAGCUGGGACCAUUACAAUUUACAAGGAAGGGCCUGUCGGUGGCAAGCACUGCCGCAUGCUUAACCUUCACUGUCUUCCAAAGUGCGAGCCUUUGCCUGUCAACAACCACCCCUGAACAACUUGCAUUUGCCUUGCGGUGGUUUAUGCUUCCUUUGAAAUAUAUUGGCGUCCCAGUGGCUGAAGUUAUUCUUACCCUCAUGCUUUCAUUAAGGUUCAUCAGUCUAGUGUUUGAUGAGGUCCGUAAUAUUGCAUUGGGGAUUGUUUCUCGUAGGAUAAAUUGGCAACAAUUGACGAUGAUGGAGACAAUUGAUAUUUUCUUUAUCUACUUUCGUCGGAUCUUCAAAAAUUUAUUUAGCCAUGCGGAGCAGAUUUCACAGGCAAUGAUAGUCAGAGGUUUUAGAGGGGACAGCAACGCUCAUAAAAUCUACUUUCUUUCAAACUCAUCCUUUGGGGUGGAAGAUAUCGUUUCCUUGUUGUGCCUGGUUGGUGUUACAGGUGCUGCCCUUUUGUCUGAUUACUUCUUCGUGUGAUACCCAUGCCCACUCUUGCUUUGGUAAUGGAGAUUCUUUCAGUUUCUGAUACCAUACGUCUGUUUUGGACUUAUACUCAACUUGUAAGUGUUGUGUUUUACCAAUCUUAAUACAUUCAUGGGCACUUCAUAAAGAGGAGCAUUAGAGGUGCAUAUAUCUGUAAAGUAUGCUUGUAUUUUGCUCUUUACUGAUAAGUCAUCCCUCCUUGAUUGAAUCCAUAGCAACUCUCAAGCACUGUGAUUCUCAUAUAUUGUUUUACACUAUUUUCUUGGGAAAUGAGUUUCUGCUGUUGAAAAUC